AUGUCAUCUGAUGAGAACAAGAAAUGGAUGAAGUGUGACCGUAAGUCUGGUGAAUACAUACAAGGUGUGAGGUCAUUUAUACAGUUUGCCAAGAAUAAUGGUGGUGGGAGGGUUUUAUUUUCAUGUCCUUGUCGAAAUUGUAUGAAUGGUAAAGGUUUAGUUUCACUUAGUGAGAUAUCAUUGCAUUUGCUCAAAUAUGGUAUUUGUUUGACGUAUACAACAUGGCGUCAUCAUGGUGAAAGUUCAGUAGCAGCACGGUCAAGACAUAGGGAUAACACUACAGCAGUUAUGGAUGGGAAUGUUACAGUAGGUGUGGAUGUGGAUGGGAAUGUUACAUCUGCUAUGGAUAUGGAUGUGAAUGUCACAGGAGGAGUUGAUGUGGAUGAGAAUGUUACAGCAGGUGUGGAUGUGGAUGAGAAUGUUACAACAAAUGUGGAUGUGGAUGAGAAUAUUGGGACCAAGGGGUGUUGUAAGAAAAAGUUAUCAGCGGCCGAGCGAGCAAGAGUACCAUUGUAUCCUUCGUGUCCUAAAGGAAAGUCGGCGUUGUAUGUAGCGAUAAUGGUGAACAACAUAAAGACUCAGUAUGCGAUUUCAGAUAAUGGUAUGACUGCAAUGUUAGAAUUGAUAAAAGAGUUGCUUCCUGAAGAAAACACCCUGCCAAGUAAGUUUCCAGAUGUCAAGAAGAUAAUUCAAGAGUUGGGGAUGGAUUAUGUAACCUACGAUGCUUGCGUGAAUGAUUGUAUACUCUGUUGGAAGGAUAAGAGUUCAUUGCUGAAGUGCCCUGUAUGUCAAGAACCGCUGUAUGUAAGAGUUUUCAAUGAUGAGAGAAAACUUACUCAAGUUGCGCAGAAGACAUUGAGACACUUUCCAAUAAUUGCAAGGUUGAAAAGAUUUUAUAGUAUACCAUGGAUAGCAGAGGCGAUGCUUUGGCAUUUUAGAGCACAGAAAGAUAUCAAUGUAAUGCGUCAUCCCGUUGAUUCUUCAGCUUGGCGUUGUGCGGAUAGUUUUUUUCCAGAGUUUGCUAAGGAAGCACGGAAUGUUACUCUUGGUAUAGCAACUGACGGCUUCAACCCCUAUGGAUGCUUUGGUCUCAAUUACAGCUGUUGGCCGGUAUUUCUCUGUCCGUAUAAUCUUCCUCCUUCGAUGUGUAUGAAGAGGGAGUUUUCUAUGUUAUGUUUGUUGAUAUCAGGCCCGAGAGCACCAGGUAAAGAUAUCGAUGUUUACUUACAACCAUUGAUUGAAGAGUUGAAAGAGUUACGGAAUGAUGGUGUUAUGACUUUCGACAGCUUCACCGGUUCUGAAUUUCUGAUGAGAGCUAGGUUGUUAUGGGCAAUUCAUGAUUUUCCAGCAUUAGGGACUCUUUCUGGAUGUGUAACUCAUGGGUAUUUUUAUUUUCCAAGUUGUGGAGAAGAAACAGAUGCUGAGUGGCUGCCAUAUAGUAAGAAGUUGUGUUAUAUGGGACAUCGAAGAUGGCUGCCAACGAAACACAAGUUUAGAGAUGAUAAAACAAACUUCAGUGGAGGAGUUGAGCAUGGUAAAGCUCCAUGGCCACUAACAGGAUUGCAAGUUCAAGAGAUGGUAGCUAAUUUGAAAAGAAAACAGGUUCGUCACUGUACAGAUGUGAUGCAUACCGAGAAGAAUAUAACUGAGCACAUUGUUAAUACUGUAUUGGGAAAUAGCAAGUCAAAAGAUGGUCUUAAUGCAUGUAAAUAUAUGGAAGCUAUGGGGAUUAAAAAGCGGUUAUGGUUGAAAGAGGAUGACAACACGGGCAAGACAACAAUGGAAGAUGGGUCUUUUGCCUUAACAAAGGAUGAAAAAGUUGCUUUCUGUACAGUUUUGAAGAAUUUAAGGGUGCCUUCAAAUUUCUGUUCCAAUCUUCGCAACAACGUUGGUAUAAAUCCACCGGAGUUGAAGAAUUUAAAGUCUCAUGAUUACCAUGUUAUGAUGCAGUCUUUGUUUCCACUGCUUGUUCAUACUGCAACUUCAUUUCCUAAAGAUCUGCGAGUUGCUCUUCUCCGGAUUAGUUUAUUUUUCAAUAUCUUAUGUGCGAAGGUUAUUAACAGAGAGCAUCUUUUACAAGCUAAAGCUAGUUUGGUGGAGGCGAUGUGUGUUCUAGAAAAAUACCUUCCUCCAUCCUUCUUUGUCAUUAGUAUCCACCUGAUGAUUCAUCUGGCAGAUGAAGCUUUAAUCUGCGGUCCGAGGAUGACUUUAAAUGCAUGA